CCUCCUCCUCUCCCCCUCCUCCCCGGCUCUGACCUUCCUCCUUCCCGCAGCCCCGGCGCGAGCCGGAGAGACGCGGUGGCGGCGGCCGCUGCACAGCCUCCUCUUCCCGCGGGAAGUCGUCCGGGCUUGAGGCCGGGCCCCAGACGCCCCGCUUUGCCCCGUGGCGCCGCCGAUGGUGCCGGGCGCUCCUGCCCCCAGCAUAUGAGCAGCCCAGCUUGGUGACCACUGCUCCACAACUGUCCAUCCCCCCACGGCCACACCAUGUCCGGCUCCUACGAUGAGGCCUCACUAGCUCCAGAGGAGACCACCGACAGCUUCUGGGAGGUGGGGAACUACAAGCGGACGGUGAAGCGCAUCGAUGACGGGCACCGCCUGUGCAACGACCUGAUGAACUGCGUGCAGGAGCGCGCCAAGAUCGAGAAGGCGUACGCGCAGCAGCUCACCGACUGGGCCAAGCGCUGGCGCCAGCUCAUCGAGAAAGGCCCACAGUAUGGCAGCCUGGAGCGGGCCUGGGGUGCCAUGAUGACGGAGGCAGACAAGGUGAGCGAAUUGCACCAAGAGAUGAAGAACAGCCUGCUGAACGAGGACCUGGAGAAGGUCAAGAACUGGCAGAAGGACGCCUAUCACAAGCAGAUCAUGGGCGGCUUCAAGGAGACCAAGGAGGCUGAAGAUGGCUUCCGGAAGGCCCAGAAGCCCUGGGCCAAGAAGAUGAAGGAGCUGGAGGCAGCCAAGAAGGCCUACCAUCUGGCCUGCAAAGAGGAGAAGCUGGCCGUGACUCGGGAGAUGAAUAGCAAGACGGAGCAGUCGGUCACCCCCGAGCAGCAGAAGAAGCUACAGGACAAAGUGGACAAGUGCAAGCAGGAUGUGCAGAAGACGCAGGAGAAGUAUGAGAAGGUGCUGGACGACGUGGGCAAGACCACACCCCAGUACAUGGAGGGCAUGGAGCAGGUGUUUGAACAGUGCCAGCAAUUUGAGGAAAAGCGGCUAGUCUUCCUCAAGGAGGUGCUGCUGGACAUGAAACGUCACCUCAACCUCGCUGAGAAUAACAGCUAUGUCCACGUGUACCGGGAGCUGGAGCAGGCCAUCCGAGGGGCCGACGCCCAGGACGACCUCAGGUGGUUCCGCAGCACCAGCGGCCCUGGCAUGCCCAUGAACUGGCCCCAGUUUGAGGAGUGGAACCCAGAUCUCCCUCACACCACCACCAAGAAGGAGAAACAGCCUAAGAAAGCAGAGGGGGUGACGCUGACCAAUGCCACUGGGGUAGCGGAGUCCACAUCCCAGGCUGGGGACCGUGGCAGCGUUAGCAGCUACGACCGGGGCCAGCCUUAUGCCACCGAGUGGUCGGACGACGAGAGCGGGAACCCAUUUGGAGGCAGUGAGGCCAACGGGGGCUCCAACCCCUUCGAGGACGACGCCAAGGGAGUGCGUGUGCGGGCGCUCUACGACUACGACGGGCAGGAGCAGGAUGAGCUCAGCUUCAAGGCUGGAGAUGAGCUCACCAAGCUGGGCGAGGAGGAUGAGCAGGGUUGGUGCCGCGGGCGGCUGGACAGCGGGCAGCUGGGCCUCUAUCCCGCCAACUACGUGGAGGCCAUCUAGCUGCCCUGCUCCCCUCCCCACUUCCCCUCCGUCCUCGCCCACCCCUCCCCUUCCUGUCCACUCUUGUCCCCCUCCCUUUGCCAUAGAGUUCCAGACAUAUUUUCCGAUCAAGCUUUUAUUUUUUUAAAAGUCAAAACAGA